AUGGAGAACAAGGUUGCAGCAAGAAGACUUGAAGGCAAAGUCGCAAUUGUGACUGCUUGGACUCAAGGCAUCGGUUUUGGCAUCGCAGAGAGCCUAGCUUUGGAAGGUGCUUCGGUCGUCAUCUCCUCUCGCAAGCAGAAAAACGUGGAUGAGGCAGUGGAAAAGCUUAAAGCUAAAGGAAUACAUGUUCUCGCAGUCGUUUGUCAUGUAUCUGAUGCGCAGCAAAGGAAGAAUCUAAUAAACACGACUGUUGAGAAAGAUGGGAAAAUAGAUGUGAUUGUAUCAAAUGCUGCUGUAAAUCCGACUAAUGUGCCCUUGCUGGAAACCAAAGAAUCCGUCCUCGACAAGCUAUGGGAAACAAACGUCAAAGCAUCCAUACUUCUUCUGCAGGACGCAGCUCCUCACUUUAAGAAAGGUUCAUCAAUUAUUUUUAUAUCAUCAUACGGUGGUUAUCAACCUCAUGUUGCGGAAUACGGCCACAAGAGGAUCGACACCGAGUAA